UUAUGGGCGUGCGCAACUGCCUCGACGGCAAUAAUAUGUCAGGACAACGCAAUAUCCCCCUUGAACUCGGGGAACAGCCCGAGCAACCACCUUUGGAGGCCCCAGGGGCAGCUGCCCCCGGUGCUGGGCCUGGCGCAGCCGAAGAGAUGGAGACCCCACCGCCUCACAGCGAGCCCGUCCCCGUCGAGAUUGAAGGCGAGGCCUGUGGACCCCCAGAGGUCUCCAGGCCCAAGUUCCAGGGCCUCAGCCAGGCCAUCAAGGAAGCCGGAGCCCAUGGAGGCUACAGCCCACCUCCUGAAGAAGCCAUGCCCUUCGAGGUCGAGCAGUCCAGCUUGGGAGGCUUCUGGCCUACCCUGGAGCACCCUGGAGACACCACUGGGGCCCAUGCAGGCCUUGAAGCCUUCAGCCCACCGAUCGUGGAGCCCGGAGCCUUCGGUGAGGUCAGGCCAAGCCUGGGAAGCUACAGCCCUCCUCCCGAAGAAGCUAUGCCCUUUGAGUUUGAGCAGCCUGCCCAGGGAGGCUGCAACCAACCUCUCUUGCAGGUCUCAGACCUCGCUCCAGGAGGCCCAGGUGCGGGGGUCUUCAGGGCUCCUCCCGAGGAGCCCCGAGCCCUCAGACCUGCAAACGCAGGCUUCAGAGGAGGAUGCAGCCCUCCCCCUGAGGAGGACAUGCCAUUUGAGUUUGAUGGAGCAGACUUUGGGGACGACAGCCCACCCCCUGGGCUCCCCCGAGCUAUCCCACAAAUCGACGGCCUUGGCGGCAACCAGAUCGCGGCAGUCGCGGCCCCGAGUGCGGUCCUCCUCGCUCCCGCCGCGAACGAGCCCCCCCUCUGGGUCCCAGGCAUCAUCGGCAGCCCAUCUCGAGAGGCUGUCAGACCUCCUCCACACUUCGCGGGCGACAGCCCCCCGAUGGAGAUCUCCGGACCCCCGCGCGAGAUUGGCAGCGCCCCCGUUGGGGUCGACGACGCUCCCGUCAACGUGGACAGCCCCCCAAUCGCGCUUGACGGCCCGCCCAUCGAGGUCUCCCGAGCCCCAGUUAAGAGAGAGCAAGCAGAGGGAGAGAGACCCCCAGUUGAGGGAGAAGCAGCCGAGAUGGAAGGAGGCUCAGCCACCGCUGCCGCGGAGAGAGGCAAAGUCCCCGAUCCCGGAGACGGAGCCCCUGCCGCCGGAGCAGCGCCUGACACGCCAGCCGCCGGGGCAGCCCCUGCCGCCCCUGACACUCCAGCCGCCGGGGCAGCCCCUGCCGCCCCUGACGCUCCAGCCGCCGGGGCAGCCCCUGCCGCCCCUGACGCUCCAGCCGCCGGGGCCGCCCCUGCCGCCCCUGAUGCUCCUGCCGCCCGGGCAGCUCCUGUCGCCCGGGCCGCUCCUGUCGCCCGGGCCGCCCCUGUCGCCCGGGCCACCCCUGUCGCCCGGACCGCUCCCGCCGCCUGGGCAACCCCAGCCUCUGGAGCGCGACCCAAGAUCAGUUUCCUCAGACCCCCCAGCCCCGAGAUCCAGGCUGCCGAUCCGCCUCCUCCGCGGCCUCCGCGCGCGUAUGCCUGGCGGGGCAGGUCUGAGCGUAGCUGCUACCGCGGCGGCGACGACGACGACGACAUGUCGGCCAGCAGCGACAGCGGAGACGAAUCCGACGACGGGACCUUCGGAUGGCGCCGCUGGUUUCGGUCCAGGCGAAACCGCCGCCGCCGAAAGAGCCGGCGCAACUUGCUCCGCAACUUCCUCGUUCAGGCCUUCGGAGGCUGCUUCUGCCGAUCCGAGAGCCCCCAGGCCAGAGGCUCCCUCAGCCCCAAGGUCAAGAAGGUUGCCCUGGCGGAGAAGCGCAAACAGACCCGCAAGGAAAGCAUGGAGAAGCGCGCCCAGAAGCGCGCCGAGAAGAAACGCGGCAAGCUCAUCGACAGGCAGCUCCAGGACGAGAAGAUGGGCUACAUGUGUACGCACCGCCUGCUGCUUCUAGGGAGAAAAGUGGUGCCGUACAACACUGAGGGUCGUUUCCAGCUGGACAAACCAGCGCCAGCGACCGUAAGACGUCGCCGAGUCGUGGGGUGGGGGACGGCAAGAAAGGCGGGGGCUUCAGGUGCUGGAGAAUCUGGUAAAAGCACCAUCGUGAAGCAAAUGAGGAUCCUGCAUGUUAAUGGGUUUAAUGGAGAGGGCGGCGAAGAGGACCCGCAGGCUGCAAGGAGCAACAGCGAUGGUGAGAAGGCCACCAAAGUGCAGGACAUCAAAAACAACCUGAAAGAGGCCAUUGAAACCAUCGUGGCCGCCAUGAGCAACCUGGUGCCCCCCGUGGAGCUGGCCAACCCCGAGAACCAGUUCAGAGUGGACUACAUUCUGAGCGUGAUGAAUGUGCCAGACUUUGAUUUCCCUCCCGAAUUCUACGAGCACGCCAAGGCUCUGUGGGAGGACGAGGGGGUGCGUGCCUGCUACGAGCGCUCCAACGAGUACCAGCUCAUUGACUGCGCGCAGUACUUCCUGGACAAGAUUGACGUCAUCAAGCAGGCUGACUAUGUGCCCAGCGACCAGGACCUGCUGCGCUGCCGCGUCCUGACUUCUGGAAUCUUUGAGACCAAGUUCCAGGUGGAUAAAGUCAACUUCCACAUGUUUGACGUGGGCGGCCAGCGUGAUGAACGCCGCAAAUGGAUCCAGUGCUUCAAUGAUGUGACUGCCAUCAUCUUUGUGGUUGCCAGCAGCAGCUACAACAUGGUCAUCCGGGAAGACAACCAGACCAACCGCCUGCAGGAGGCCCUGAACCUCUUCAAGAGCAUCUGGAACAACAGAUGGCUGCGCACCAUCUCUGUGAUUCUGUUCCUCAACAAGCAAGAUCUGCUCGCUGAGAAAGUCCUUGCUGGAAAAUCGAAGAUUGAGGACUACUUUCCAGAAUUUGCUCGCUACACUACUCCUGAGGAUGCGACUCCCGAGCCCGGAGAGGACCCACGCGUGACCCGGGCCAAGUACUUCAUUCGAGAUGAAUUUCUGAGAAUCAGCACUGCUAGUGGAGACGGGCGCCACUAUUGCUACCCUCACUUCACCUGCGCUGUGGACACAGAGAACAUUCGCCGUGUGUUCAACGACUGCCGUGACAUCAUCCAGCGCAUGCACCUCCGUCAGUAUGAGCUGCUCUAAGAAGGGAACUUCCAAAUUUAAUUAAGGCCUUAAGCACAAUUAAUUAAAAGUGAAACGUAAUUGUACACGCAGUUGAUCACCCACCAUAGGGCAUGAUUAACAAAGCAACCUUUCCUUUCCCUCAAGUGAUUUUGCGAAACCCCCUUUACCCUUCAGCUUGCUUAAAUAUUCCAAAUUUAGAAAGCUUAAGGCGGCCUACAGAAAAAGAUAAAGGAAAAAAAGGCCACAAACGUUCCCUCUCUCUUUAAGUAAGUAAAAUAACAGCAGCAAACAGAAA